GCAUGUUUUGUUUAUUAAAAAAAAAAAAAUGUUGUCUCUGACUCCUAGAAGUGUGCGGCCUCCGGCCCCCUCCAUUGUGAAUGGAGGUGCAGCUCCCUUGGAAAUUUUAGACAUAGUCUGAGGCCCCCCAGGGGUCUGCAGACCACAGGUUGAAAACCAUUGACAGAGACAGUUAGGAAGUGCUCUUCUAGCACAGUGGUCCAGAACCAGGGGUCUGGAGCCCUCUGGGGGGGCACGAACAGGUUUUAGGGGGUCUAGCACCAAGCAUAGCCGGUGCUAGAUUUGCUAGGACCCAGGGCAGAAAGCCAAAGCCCUGCCACACAGAAUUGCAGCCCUGGGACCCCCCCAAGUCCCACCACCCAGGGCUAAAGCCAAAGCCUGAGCAACUUAGCUUAGCAGUGCCCACUGUUGCAUGGGGCCCUGCACAAUUGCUCUGCUUGCUACCCUCUAACGCCAGUUGUUGUGACGCUGCUGGGCUGUGGAGUUUUUAUAGCAUGUUGAGGGGGCCUCCGAAAGAAAAAGGUUGAGAACCCCUGUUGUAGGAGAUAUUGGUACAUUCAAUUAAAAUAUUUUCUUACAAACAUAUUAUUAUCCCUCUCAAAACAGAUUUCUGUUGACAACAAAUCUCUAGCAUAUAGGGCCGAUUCGAUUCCCCUCUGCCUUUUCACAAGGUGCAGAGUGAUGACUUUUUGGAGGAAGAAUAAAACUCGUAUCUCAAGCAACUUAAUUUCUGUGUUGCUGUUUCCAUCUGCAUGUUCCUUGCUGCACUCCUAUCAGCUAUCUGGGAGGCAAGAGAUAGUUUGUAAGAAGCUGAGCUGUAGAAGUGCCUGCUUCAAACUGUUCCGAAAGUUUGUCUUCAGACCAUACGUAUUUUGGCUUCUGUUUUACACAUUGUUAGUGCUUUGAGUACAUGAUUGGUCUCAGUGACUUCAAUGGGACUACUUAAGUCUUUGCAGGAUCAAGUCCUUACUUUCCACAGAAGCAGCUCUGCUAUCUAGGAUGGGAUCCAAGCUCUCAGUGGACGACUCGGUGCGUGUUGUGAUCGUUGGAGGAGGUUUCGGGGGAAUUGCAACUGCCAGUCAACUAAAGUCCUGGGGAAUCCCCUUUGUUCUUGUGGACAUGAGAGAUGCAUUCCACCACAAUGUGGGUGCUCUCCGGGCCUCUGUACAGAGUGGAUUUGCCAAGAAAACCUUCAUCUCUUACGCUGUGACCUUUGGGGAGAGCUUCCGACAAGCCAAGGUGGUUGGAAUAGACCUACUGAGGCAGAAAGUCUUGCUGAAUGAUGGUGAGGGAGACAUCUGCAUCCCUUCGUUCCCAAAACAUGCCUCAUGUGGCAGCUUCCUACUUAUCAAAGUGACAGGGCGUAGGGUUGAGCUGGGAAGCAGCGCACAGCAACUAUGCAGUAAGGCAGGACUGAAUGCUGCACCACAGGUCCAGUCAAGCCCUCAGGAGCUUUUCUACUCUCACCUCAUCCUUGCUACAGGCAGUGAUGGGCCUUUCCCUGGGAAAUUUAACCAGAUCAUUGACAUGGAAACUGCCAUUCAGACUUACGAAGACAUGGUCAAGGAGGUCCAAAAAUCUCCACGUAUCGUGAUAGUAGGCGGUGGUGCUGCUGGAGUGGAGAUGGCUGCAGAGAUCAAAACAGAAUAUCCAGCCAAAGAGGUCACCCUCAUUCACUCAAAAAUCGCACUGGCUGAUGUGGAGCUUCUACCAUGUGUCCGACAGGUGGUGAAGGAGAUUCUUCUCAAGAAAGAAGUGCGUCUCUUGUUAAGUGACAGAGUCAGCAACCUGCAUAUGCUGACUUUAAACCGAUUCCAAGAGAAUAUGGCAGUCAAGACAGAAAAGGGCAGAGAGGUUGCUGCUGACAUGGUGAUUCUCUGCACUGGUAUAAAGAUCAAUUCAUCAGCAUACAGCAGUGCAUUUGGGGACAAGCUGGCUAGUAAUGGUGCUUUAAAGGUCAACCAGUACCUCCAGGUGGAAGGGUAUGAUAACAUCUAUGCUAUUGGUGAUUGUACUGAUGUGAAGGAACCGAAGAUGGCAUACCAUGCUGGGCUCCAUGCCGAUAUUGUGGUGACAAACAUCAUCAACAGUCUGACACAGAAACCUCUUAAAACCUACCAGCCAGGAUCACUAACCUUCCUGCUGUCGAUGGGCCGGAAUGAUGGGGUAGGCCAGAUUAAUGGAUGCUACGUGGGACGUCUUUUGGUGACUAUUGUCAAGAGCCGGGACCUUUUUGUUUGUAAGAGCUGGAAGACUAUGGAACAGACUAUGCCCUGCUAGAUCGAAAGGAUCAUGAUGAAGUAGCAAGAGAGUACAUGUAUCAACUGGCAUGAAUAAAGCUGGAAAAGAG